CAGAAGCGCUGUAAAAACGACCUAAUGCAAUAAAAAAAAUCAGUGGGGAGUUAUGAAGCUGCCUUCUGCAUUUUUGCUCCUGAGCAUCGCCGUGACUAUUCAUGGCUACCACUACGAAUACAGAAUCUGGUGCAUGGAGGCUUGCCGACAUUACAGAACUCAACCAGAUUGGACUCAAAAAAUUAAUAUCGAGAAAAUUGCGAAAAUAGAUUGCUAUCCUAUUGGUUAUGCUAAAACCGUGUUACAUAUUGAGACUUUUUGCCAAUUCUUUUACUCUACACGACGUAGCAACCCAGGGUAUAUACAGUUCUUGGAGAAGGUCACCUGGCAACAGUGGUGCAGGCAGCAAGGCUGCGAAAAAUAAUCAGGGAGCACGAGCUGGCACCAGAGAAAUUUUAAAAAAGUCCCCCUUGAUCUUGAAAAUUUUUACGAAGUCUUGUUUGAUGCUGAACCCUAG